CGAGAAGGUCGGGGUAUUCACCUUCCCCCCCCUUCGCUCGCCGCCGAUCUAAGGCUCUCGGGGACGCGCGAAGUCGGGCGACCCAGGCGCGGACCGCUGGCGCCCCGCUCCGCCCGCCCCCCCCGCUAUACUGAAGCGAUGCGGCUGCUCCCCGCCGCCCUCGCCUGGGCGGCGCUGGCCGGCGGCGCCGGCGCGGCACGGGUCCUCGGGCACCACCCGAUGGACAACCACAGGUGCAAGGUCACGUGCCAGCGCUUCGGCAUGAAGGCCCUGGGCCCCGCCUUCGUGAAGAUCAGGCACCCGAACGAGUGCGUCAAGAAGUGCGACGACGUCUACCCCAGCAGCUCGCUCGUGCAGCUCGGGGCCGCCCCUCCGGCAUCCAUGCCAGCCGCGGCCGCCCCGCCGGCGCAGCCCAAGGGCGGCGCCCCUGCGGGCGCCGCGCCCGUGAGGCGCUGACGGCAGGGCUCCGAAUGACUCUAGGCGCCGCGCGCGGGCCGCGGGCGCGCCGCGGGCCAAACCCGCGGCGCGUGGCUUGCGCAAGGCCGGGCCGUUCUGAGCGGGCGCGACGAGUCGCCGGGGCCGUGGUGACGCUGGCGUGCGGCCGGGGCGGCUGCCGCCUCUCCUCGCGAGAGGGGCGGUGCCGAUCGGCGGCCAGCUGAGGGGCCCGCUGCGACGAGCGCCGCGAGCGGCCUUGCCACCGAAUUCUCCCCCGCCGUCCUCCGAGACCUCCUCCGCCCUCCCCGCUCUCCGAAAAAGGACACGCGAGCGCUUUGCCGCGCCCGCGCCGCGACGCGCCAGAGAGGGAGCACGGCGGGGCGGCCGUGGCCGUGGGGCGCCCGCCGGCCCCGCUCGCGGGGUGGAGGAGGAUGUGUGUCUGCGUGCUGGGCAUGGCGGGGCCGAGGUAUAAAGGUCAAGGCCGGUUCGAAGGCCGGUUCGAAGGGCCGGUUCGAAGGCCGGCUCGAAGGGCGGCGCUUUGGCGACACGGCAUCGUGCCAGUUGCCGUCGGCAUCAUGCCCUGCGGC